GUAGAGCUGUCAGCGCGCGAGGCUAACUGUUCAUUCACUGGGUAGUGAUGUGAGAAACUCGUUGGACGUUGCCAUUGUUGCCGGGCAGCAACUCAUGUGCCAAAAUACUUUUGUAAAACGGGAUAGAAAGUGGUAGAUUUUCAAACCAACAUUAUAUACUGUAAUUAAAAGUCUCGCCAAAUUUGUACACACGUUUUAUAACCAAAGCGGCUUUGCAACGGCUUGGAUGGCGACCACCAAAGUUGUCAAAGCUUGUGAGGCUAUGGAGAGCCAUGGGCUGAACCCCCUGGACCACCUUCCACCACCCGCGAGUUCCAACAAGCCCUUAACCCCCUUCAGCAUCGCAGACAUCCUCAGCAAACCGACUGUCAAACGAACUCCCAGGAUUCACCGGCUUCCAGCAUCAGAGAGACCCCGGCAGAGCAUCGCUGUAUCACGGCAGACUCUCAUCACUCAAACAUCGCCUCUGUGCGCUCUUCAGGAGCUGGCCAGCAAAACGUUCAAAGGUCUUGAAUUAGGUGUACUCCAAGCAGCAGAAGGAAGGGAUGGGUUGACUCAGUUUGGUCAAAGGGACAGUCCCAAAAAGCGCCGAAAAUCUAGGACGGCCUUCACUAAUCACCAGUUAUAUGAACUAGAGAAAAGGUUUCUCCAUCAGAAAUACCUGUCGCCCGCCGACAGAGACCAAAUUGCCCAUCAGCUGGGGCUGACAAAUGCGCAGGUUAUAACCUGGUUCCAGAAUCGACGGGCAAAACUAAAGCGAGACCUGGAGGAGAUGAAAGCGGACGUGGAGUCGGCCAGAUCCACAGGUAUAGUGCCUCUGGAUAAAAUCGCUAAACUGGCCGAUCUGGAGAGGUGUGCAGCUGGAGCCACGGGGCAUCCGGGGCCUGAGUGCUCGCCACGGCUGGGUCACGAGUACAAGAGUGCGCACAAAUUAUGUCUGUCCCCCAUGUCGUCUCUCUCGGACCACACAAGUCAAGACUACUCUGAGGACGAGGACGAGGACGUGGAAAUAGACGUCGACGUCUGAUAUAGCUAAACCACUGCCCUGCUGAAAAAAACAAAACAAUAGAAACCAUUGCAGAAUUUGUAAUGGUUUUACUGGUUAUAAUGUAUAUUGAUUUAAACUUUUGUAAAUUUAUAUUUUAAGACACGCAUGCACAUCUACAUGAUUGUAGUGUUUUCUGAAACUGAAUUAGUUUAAUUUAUAGCCAGACUAUGCAAGUCUAACUCUUAUUUGUUCAAUGUGAACUAGCAGCUUAAGUUUUUAUAUAUAAUAUAUUGUAUGUAAUGCAAUGGCUUUAAUGAGAAUAUUUCACGAAUCAGGGCAACAAACAGAGCAAUACAACCUCCUAAUGAGAAAAAAAUAUUUUUACAUGUGUAUUUAUUGCGUAUAAUUUGUACACAAAUCGACUGCUUUUUGUAAAGUUUUUGUACAGUACUUGCAAUAUAGUGCCUUUCAAAAUUAGGCCAUUGUAGCAAUACCCAAUGUGUCGUUUAUUGUAUUGAGUUUGAAAUA